GAUGCGCAUCGGCAGCGACUUCAUACUGUUCACGAAGAAGGCUGCGACGAUGACGUGUCUCAUGAUGUCUCGCACGUUCCACGAGGAAGAGAAGAUCGAGGAGGUGAUUGUUCCACUGCCGUCGUUUGACAGCCAGAGCAAGCGAGCGCUCGGGAAGGCUGGCAAGGCACUGGAGAAGCACAAGCUGGAGAUGGACCUGAUCUACAAGUACUCGCCGUUCCACACGCACGAGAGCUUCAUGCGCUCGUUCGACUCGAUCCGAGGCGGCUCCGGCACCCUCGUCAUCAUCUACAACCUCAAGCUGAUGGACAAUGGUCAGCCCGAGCUCGACGUGAUGACCGGAAGCGAGGACAUCCUGCUGUCGCAGCCGCACACUGCAGACUUCGACAUGGAGGACGGGUGA